AAAUCGAGGGCACGCUGGGCAAGGGCAACUUCGCCGUGGUGAAGCUGGGGCGGCACCGGAUCACCAGGACGGAGGUGUGUGUUCUGGCUGUGAAUUCGCGGUCCUUAAGCCACAUCAGAUUCUGCCUCUCUACUCAUAAAGCCCUGGAUUGCUUCCUGACGGUGAAGCCAGCAUCCCCCCUCCAUUGCACAUUCUAAUGCACCGCACAUAUUUUCUCGCAAGUCUCUGUUCUUACCUAACCCGCCCCCCUUCCUUUCACCGCCUCAAGCUGCUCUCCUCAGGGUCUCUAUUUUAAGAUGUGCAAAUUAAAUACUUUAGAAAAACGGUGGAAACAAAACCAUUCUUUAGAAUAAAACCUUGUAUUUUUGACGUACUCCACUCUGCCUCAUCGUAGUUGUUCUGGAGUUUCAUCCUUUUUCAGUUUUUGGUUUUUUUCCCUUCUAGUUUUCAUCCUAUUCAGUGUUCCCCCUUAUUAGUGCGAAUAUACUAGAGUUUGAAUAUGGAAUUAGGUAGGGUUUCUUUUUCAGAAUAGCUGUGUAAGCUGAAGGACAUUUGAAAACGAGUUUUUUGUAGCUCUGGUUCGUAGAAGUUUUGCUUAAUGUGAAGAAGUUCAUUUCCAAAAACAAGGGGCUUGUAUAUGCCAUUGUGUUGUUCUCACUUUUUGUCCUCCCCUACUGAUCCUAAGGCAGCCCAAAUCUGACUUAUUUUUUUAGCAACAGGACCAAGGUCACAAGUUUUCCUCUCACAAAUUUACCAGAGUUAGCAAUUUAGGUUAAGUUUGUAAUGAUAAAUAAUAAGACCGUAGCAAGAUUACUUACUCUGAUUCCAGCAUUUUUAAAAACAAAGAAAUUGGUUCCAUUCCUCUAAAGAACCGUGGCCUAAUGCCAUGUUAAUUCCCCUUUAAUUAAAUGAAAAGAAGACAUUUUAAAUGUGUAUUUUUAGAUGAGUCCUUGCUUAAUGACUCUAAGAAUCAAACAAAUUUCACAGAUACAAAGAGCUUCUACAGAAACUUUUGAAGUGUAUUGUUGGGUGGUUAAAUUUUUUUCUUAUCAGCUCUUAUCAGGAUUAGUCGAAAGAUUUAAUUGUCAGCUGUUACUUAUUAGGUCAAAUUUAGGUAAUAUAGUAUCUAUUUAAGAACUGCCCCUAAGUGGAGCUGCUAAGUGACUACCAACACUUCAAAUAACCCUGUUACUUUUAAGCUGUUCCAGCUUGCAGAGCUAGGGGGCACUGUGGAGUAGUAUCGUGGUUUGGUUAUCGGUGAGAUCAACGCAUUUGUAAUUGAAGACACAGGUCAGCUCUUGAAACAGUCCUUACAUCCUGACUUGUGUGCAUGGUGUGUGUGUAAAAUAAUUAAAGGUGGCAAUAAAAAUAAUAGAUAAAUCUCAGCUGGAUGCAGUGAACCUUGAGAAAAUCUACCGAGAAGUACAAAUAAUGAAAAUGUUAGACCACCCUCACAUAAUCAAACUUUAUCAGGUAAUGGAAACCAAAAGCAUGUUGUAUCUUGUGACAGAAUAUGCCAAAAAUGGAGAAAUUUUUGACUACCUUGCUAAUCACGGCCGGUUAAAUGAGUCCGAGGCCAGGCGCAAAUUCUGGCAAAUCCUGUCUGCUGUUGAUUACUGUCACGGUCGGAAGAUUGUGCACCGUGACCUCAAGGCUGAAAAUCUCCUGCUGGAUAACAACAUGAAUAUCAAAAUAGCAGAUUUCGGUUUUGGAAAUUUCUUUAAAAGUGGUGAACUGCUGGCAACAUGGUGUGGCAGCCCCCCUUAUGCAGCCCCAGAAGUCUUUGAAGGGCAGCAGUAUGAAGGACCACAGCUGGAUAUUUGGAGCAUGGGAGUCGUUCUUUAUGUCCUUGUCUGUGGAGCUCUUCCUUUUGAUGGACCGACGCUUCCAAUUUUGAGGCAGAGAGUUUUAGAAGGAAGAUUCCGGAUUCCAUAUUUCAUGUCAGAAGAUUGCGAGCACCUUAUUCGAAGGAUGUUGGUCCUAGACCCGUCCAAACGGCUAACCAUCGCUCAAAUCAAGGAGCAUAAGUGGAUGCUUGUAGAAGUUCCUGUGCAGAGACCUGUUCUCUAUCCGCAAGGGCAAGAAAAUGAGCCGUCCAUUGGGGAGUUUAACGAACAGGUUCUGCGACUCAUGCAUGGCCUUGGAAUAGAUCAACAGAAGACCGUUGAGGCCUUGCAGAACAAGAGCUAUAACCACUUUGCUGCCAUUUAUUACUUGUUGGUGGAGCGCCUGAAAUCACAUAGGAGCAGUUUUCCUGUGGAGCAGAGACUUGAUGCCCGCCAGCGGCGGCCCAGCACCAUUGCUGAACAAACAGUUGCCAAGGCACAAACUGUGGGGCUCCCAGUGACCGUGCACUCGCCAAACGUGCGACUGAUGCGAUCUGCCCUCCUCCCACCGGCAUCCAACGUGGACGCCUUUGCGUUUCCAGCCUCGGGCUGUCAGGCGGAAGCAGCCUUCAUGGAGGAAGAGUGCGUGGACACGCCAAAGGUAAACGGCUGUCUGCUGGACCCUGUGCCUCCCAUCCUGGUGAGGAAGGGGUGCCAGUCUCUGCCCAGCAACAUGAUGGAGACCUCCAUCGACGAAGGACUGGAGACGGAAGGAGAGGCCGAAGAAGACCCCAGUCAGGCCUUCGACACCUUCCAGUCCACGCGCAGCGGACAGAGGCGGCACACUCUCUCGGAGGUGACCAACCAGCUGGUCAUGAUGCCUGGUUCAGGAAAAAUUUUCUCCAUGAGUGACAACCCCUCCCUGGACAGUGUGGACUCUGAGUAUGACAUGGGGUCUGUUCAGAGGGACCUGCACUUUCUUGAGGACGACCCCUCCCUGAAGGACAUCAUGGUAGCCAACCAGCCCUCGCCCCGCAUGACGUCUCCCUUCGUGAGCCUGAGACCUGCCAACCCAGCCAUGCAGGCUCUGAGCUCCCAGAAACGCGAGGCCCACAACAGGUCUCCAGUGAGCUUCAGAGAGGGCCGCCGGGCGUCGGACACCUCCCUCACCCAAGGAAUCGUAGCAUUCAGACAACAUCUUCAGAACCUGGCUCGAACCAAAGGAAUCCUAGAGUUGAACAAAGUUCAGUUGCUGUAUGAGCAGAUGGGGUCAGAGGCGGAGCCUAACCUGGCCCCACCUGCCCCGCAACUCCAAGACCUGGCCAGCACUUGCCCUCAGGAGGAAGCUUCCCCGCAGCAGAAGAGCAUGUCGGUGCUCCCAGGCAGCGUGCACCCCCAGCUCUCCCCGAGGCCCAGCCUGGAAGCCCAGUACCUGCAGCACAGGCUCCAGAAGCCCAGCCUUCUGUCAAAAGCCCAGAACACCUGUCAGCUUUAUUGUAAAGAAGCACCACGGAGCCUUGAACAGCAGCUGCAAGAACACAGACUCCAACAGAAGCGGCUCUUCCUCCAGAAACAGUCUCAGCUGCAGGCAUAUUUUAAUCAGAUGCAGAUAGCAGAGCGCUCGUACCCACAGCCCCUUCCCCACCAGGAGCCGCCCCCGCCGUCGCAGCCGCCGCCCUUCGGCCUCCCCCCGCCCCUGAGCCCCGUCCUGGAGCCCGGCCCCGAGCAGAUGCAGUACAGCCCUUUCCUCGGCCAGUACCCGGAGAUGCGGCUGCCGCCCCUGCCCUCCUCGCCGGGCCCUCGGGCCGCGCCUCCGCUGCCCCCGCCUCCGCCGCCCGCUCCGCCGUCGGGCGCCGCCCCGGCGCCCCUACCGUUCUCCUAUCAGACUUGCGAGCUGCCGGGCGCGGCCUCCCCCGAGCCGGACUUCCCUGCUCCCGGUCCCUACCCCCUGGAUGGAGCCCCGCAGAGCGGCGUGGCCGCGCCGGACCGUCCCAGGAGCUCCGGACCGCAGGAGGCCCCCUCCGGCUACCACCCGCUGGCCCUCUCCGAGCCCCCUGGACUCUUCGAUUGCGAAAUGCUAGAAGCCGUGGACCCCCCGCACGGCGGCUGCGUCCUGGUGAACUAACCUCAGCACAGGAAGUGAGGCGGCUCAGGUGAAGAAAGAGUGUGGAUUUCUAUUUUUACUCCAGCCUUUUAAAUUUGAAGCUCAUUUUCCUGCCCUUUCCCUAGUGGGGGAAAAAAAAUCAAGUCGCCCAACUGGCAUCCGAGGGCCUUGUCCGGUGGCUCUCACCUCCUUCCUGGCCGUCCCACCACGGUUUUCUGUGGCAAGUGCUGGACCAUAGUUUUAGGCUGCAGCUCGUGCCCUCAGGUCAGGUGGAGCGAGCACUCAUCAGAGGAACCAACAAAUGUUUUUGUAAGAAGUGAACAUCCAGACCUAGGUUUUACAUCGAACUGUUAUCAAUUCAUUAUCGAGGGAACCUUGGUGAAAACAGGAACAAAUGUGUGCCAUGACACGUAGCGCCCCCCCCCCCAAAAAGGCAAUAUAUUUUUCACUGAAGCCAAGCAAUAGCAUGCUCCUUAAAGGCAAAUCAAGAAUACAUAUUGAAAUGUGAUGCACAGGAAAUAAAGGAAAGCUGUACUCUGUCAUUGAAUUGUAAGUUCUGAGCUGCUGAUGCAAGUUGUCCCCAAGACCACUGCAAAGCGUUAGAGCGAAAGCUUUGUUUCAGGGGCCACUAGAUAACAGUGGGUACUGACCCCUGAGACUGGCAGUCGCCUUCACCUGAGAACAGGUGACAGACCUCUUCGGACAGUGCCCUGGGGUACAGAGUGUCCUCAGGGCUCCAAAGAUGUCGCCGGUGGAACCGAGAGACAUACUGCGGUGGAGACCAGGGGCAGGAAACUCAAGAACCCACCGAGAGCAGCAGCCCUGGGCCAGGGAAGGCGGGCUCUUCCCGCACAUCUUCCCCUGAGACUUCUGGUUUGGGGCCGUUGGUUUUUCGAGGACCUGGCGUCUCUUUUAAAUGUAAUGACUACUUUGACUUUACCCUAGAUGUUGCUGGUCGUUUACUGAGCUGUGUAUAUCCGGACAGUUUCAUAUAGGGCUUAGAAAUCUUAAGGACAAGGAAAAUGAACUUUUAUCUCCCAUGUGAAGUGGUAGUGCUGUGCCUUUUCCCCCCAGAUCAUGCUUUAAUGAUUUCUUUUCUGUAGAAACCAACAGUUUUCCAUUUAUGUCGAUGCUAAAUCCAAAGUCACUUCAGAGUCUGUUUCCACCAUGUGGGAAUUACAUCCUUAAUUUCCUUAGAGUUCUGACUUGUAAUGAAAUGUUCAAGUAUUACAGCAAUAUUCAAAAAACCACAGAUGUGUUAACCAUUUAAGCAGAUCAUCUGCCAAACACGUGAUAUUACUAGAAAAACUUAACCCUUACAAUUCAGUCAUCAGAGUAAGUACACAGUGGAUGCUACUGCUAGUUGACGGUAUCCCUAGAAGGGAUGAAUCACCUGUCGUUUGGACAGGGACAUCCGAGUGUUACAAAUUCAGUAUUAUUUACAAAGACUCUUGUUUCGGUCCUUUCGGAUGGCUUGUCCUGUCAGCAGACGAAUGCGUGAAGCACAAAGCAUCUUCCUUAAAGCACAAAGAAGAGAGAUACUACACUGAUGCUGCAUCUAGAAAACACCUUUAAGUUGCCUUUCCUCUUUGUAGUACGUGUCCAGGCAGGUGAGGAGAAGCGUGGAAGGUCUAAGGAGUUCUGUUCUGGCUCGAGGACGCGCCGCAGAGGCCCUGGCUUGGGGCUGCGCUCUGGCUGUGAGCAAGAAAGGGUGGUGUUGAGGACGCACUUUUGUGAUUUGACAGCAUGCAGCAAGGAUCCAGGAAGAGUCAGGUUCCUUCUUUGGUCUCUUUAUUCCUCCUCAUGCUUAAGAUGGAUGAUUGCGUGAAAGAGACAUCACGUAAGAGAUCCUUUCAUUAAGAUGUCUAAUCUGUUUUAAGUCUUUGCAAAAUAAGCCAGUUAUAAAAUAGGGCUUGGUUUGUUUAGACUAAAGGAUGUUUUCCCAGAAUAUUCUACAGAAGCGCUAUAAUAUUUAUGAAAUUAAAAUGCCUACCAGCUCAUUUCAGAGUUGCAGGAAUGGCUGAGCUACAGGUGGACAUAGAGGCUGCUGCCCACGGGGCCACUUAGCCCAGGAAAGCUGACAGAUGAAGCAGCGGGGAGGAUGUGGGGGUUCAAGGCCGGGAGAUGGACACGGGGCACACCCUGGGGCGGGGGACCGACACACCGCAGGGCAGGCCCUCACCUGGGGAACAGCGUGAGCCCUGUUGGACUGUGUUGGAAGCUGCCGUUUGCUUUUCUCCUUUACUCCAAGCAGAAAUCAAGGGAUUCCCUAACCAUCUGUAUUCGCUGAGAUGCAAGCUCACGGUGAGAGGAGACUGGUUCUGUUGGCCAGUCAGGCGUUUCCCGCCCCGUCUGGUCAUCCCCGUUGCUCUGACCCCUGACUAGGGACCUGUGUGCACCUCCAAGCGGUUUUCUCUUCACAAAUACGAAAGUAACACUAAGAAGGCUUAGUACUACGCUUUUUAUGAGAGGUCCUCUGAAAUACUGACUUGCUUUCCGGUCUGUUUCCCAUGAGCGGUGUGUACACUACUGUAUGAUACCCUUGAGCUUUAUGAUCUUGUAAACCAGGCUCCUCUGAAGAGACUUUGGUGAGAUGAACGUGAGGUAAAAAUGUCAUUCAGCAAAAAGUGCAAUAUGUGUGGUACUUUAUUUUGUUUAUGUUUUUGUUUUUUUUUAAAUCCAGGGGUUUUAGUCUCUGCUUUGGGAAAAAUGCACUCGUUCUGCAGUUUCCAGUUGGGCAGGUGUGUCUCUAGUAUUGACAUGCAGCUGGUAUGCUGGUCCCUGUAAGGCAGACAGAGCCCGUUAGCACAACAGACAGGGUGGGUGUCCCGCCCGAAACUGUGAGCCCCCCUGACGGUCCCCAGCCACCUGCCACCUCUGCGCCGCCCAGGCCCGCACUGCCCUCUUGCUGCCUUGGGAACAGAGAGGAGGCAGAAGGGUCUCCAUCCCAACCACCCUGCCGUUCCCCCCGUCGGGGAAGCGUCCGGGCCCACCACGGAGGACGAGGAGGUGGAACUAAAGGACUCCUUUCUUUCUGCAUCAGACUUUGCCUCCCAGGAAAGAGAAGGUCAGAGUCCCUUUCUUCCUCAGAAAUAAAGAACCCCCAAGUGUCUGAGCCGUGUCCUGAGUCAGUCAGGCAGGGGCCUGGGACGGGACCAUUCCCCCCUUAGAGGAAUGGGGGGCCAGUGCCCUGUGGGGAAGGGGGGACCACCUCGUGGGAGUGUCACCCUCUGCAGAAGUGACUCAUGGUGGCACUGGCCUCUUCCUCUCUGCCCCCUGAAAGGGGGCGUUCUGGGAGAGAUGAGUUCUGCCUAAUUGUGAAGAGUUGGGAAGCAGGGUGUCUUCUCGGCUGGAGAGUGACUGCUGGCCAGCCAGAAACAAGGACAGGAGAAAGGCAGCAGCCUCGUUCUGGCGGGUCAGGGGCCUGGGGCAGACUGCUCAGAGCAGCCCCGGGCAGGCCCCACACCUGGACUUGAGGAAUGAAUGGUUUCCUUUGCAGGGCCUGCCCACCUCCAGUCAAGCCCCAGGGAAACACUGGGCUCUGGGUUGGGGUGGGGAUUUGCAGCUCCGGAUUACAUUUAAAAACCUGUGUCGGUGGUUAUGCUUAAGCUCCCUGUUGCCUAAAGGACAAUCACACUCCAGAAAGUUCUUCACAUUCCUCCUCCUCUGAGACAACACGGAGGGUCACGUGACAACAGCAGUCCCAGUGAGUGGCUGUGGGGCCCGUGUGCCAGGGCUGACCUUGGCUGCAUCUGGACCCCUCGGCUGGGCUGCUUCUGCUGCCUCCUCGGAAGCCACCCGCGCCGCUCGGUCUGUGUGCCUGGACAUCAGAGGGGAAAGUGGAGAACAGCUAGUAAGCUGGAGUCACUGUGUAGACAGGGAUCUUUGAGCAUCUCGUUGCUUCUGGAGAUUUUUACAGAACUUCUCUUCAGAGUGAUGUGUGCAAGACGAGAGCAGUGUCCUCUGCCCCUCUUUCUACACCGGACGAGGAAAACCGUAACAGUUUUACAUGGCCCUUCUGGCAGGUUCGGUGGUGGUCCCAGGGAAGAGACUGACCCCAGCUCUGACCCUCAGCCCGCGCCCCGGGGGCCCCCUGCUUCCCUGUUCUCAAAGCCCCUCACCUCUGUUUUACCAUUUCGCCCCAUUAAGGCAGCCAGGCCUGUUCCAGAAGGCUCCCAGCUGCCGAGUCAUCCCACCGUCUAUGUUCGCAUCUCAUCUGGGCAGAGUCAGGCACCUACCAUGGCAAAGAUGUUGAAAGGCAGCAGCCCUGCCCACAGCCAGUGAUGGGUUUGCUGGUUCCUGCCCAGAUACUCAGCUUGUUCGUCCAAACAGCUUCUAUUCGUACGUUCAUUUACUAAGCGCUUUCACAAGUAAUCUCUUCUAGUCCUCACAACAAUACUCUGAAAUUAGGGAGCAGACAGCCCUCAUGUUCAGAGCCGAGGAAACCAAAGCUCUGGGAAGGGAUGUGACUUGUCCUGGCCACAGGGCUCACGAGUGGAGGAGCGCAGACAAGCUCCUGGGUUUUCUGGCUUUCUGCUCCCGGGUAGCAGCAGUUGACUCUCUUCAUGAGCAAACGGCUGUAUAAACAAAGGCCCCAUCUUGGUGAAGCACUGGGUGAAUGCGCCGUCCCCAAAACCUUAUUCCCACUUGCCAGCUGCCUGGCUUGGGGGGAAGAGGUGGCCUCCAGGUAACAGCUGCAGUUUUCAGGCGACCCUGCGUGCAUGAGACUAAAGGGGCAGCUCAGAUGGCCAUUCUUCUAGGCUCCAGUUGACCCAAGGCUUGGGUUCAUAUCGAAGAGGACUCGUUUCUGCACGUUACCCAGUGCAGUUAUUUCCUACAGAAGUAAGUGCUACAAGAACACACCUGAUUGCCAAGGGGCCAAAUUAUAUUGCUCUGGCCACCACUGCAGGCCAACAGACACAACCACGGGGCGGGGCGGGGGGCGGGCGGCUAGGGGAAGAAUUGGGAACUCAGCUCAUUCCUGGAGAGGGGUGUAAAGUGUCUUUACAGUUAAGGCCCACCAGGGAGAAGUGGGCACCUGAUCAGGCACUUUUUUUCGGGUUAAAAAACACACACAAACACUUCGAUUGCAUACUUUUGUCUUUUCAGAGGCAAAGUGGGUGGGUAGGGAGGAGCUUUAAAAAUAGAAGUACAAAAUAACAUCCUGGAAAAAUAUGACCCCAGAUCGGAAUAGUGUUACGUUAGCAAACACAGAUAACUGGGACUUGCCACUGGCUGUGUGAUGCCUAUCUGUUCAGGAUUUGCUCAACCAAGGAAAUGCACGUGGUGAUACCGUCCCACCAGUGACGCUGAAAGGAAUCGGCCUCCACCAAGAUCUCUGAGGGGGGGAAAGAACCAGACAGAAAAGGAGGUUGGCUUCUCUUUGGGAACUGCAAUUUAGGACAUAAAAGUGAUACAGAGAGAUUUGCACUUUGUAGAAAGGGCAAGAUUAUUUGCUUAUUUCUGAAGGGAGGAGGGUGGUCUCUGCUGGAUGUUCGGUUUGUGAAAGAGUUACUUUUGAUAAAAUUAAUUGCAGUUAUUUUUUUCUGUGUGCUUUUUUUUUUUAAUUACUAAGAAAAAAUGGUGAGUUCAAUAGCUUUGGUAUAUUGAGUACAAAUCGUAAUAGCUCCAAUGUGAAAAAGACAUCAAAAUGUAACCUGUCACUCAAUGUUAGUAAAUUGCCUAAAAUGCAGUUUAAUAAAUGAUCUUUGUAUCAGACGGUAAUUUAAAUAGGGUAAUUUUCUGCAAGGAAAAUGUACUGUUUUUACGUUUCCAACCCUCUUGAAUUAAAAUAAAAACAACUUGUUUUCUAAGA